ACAUCAAGUGCUAGAUUUUCAACUAAUGAUUCUACGUUUUAGUACAUUUUUUUGAGAUCUUGAUUCACUGGUAAAGCUACAAAUCACUCAACAUUUCCUCUUUUCUGCAAACUUCGUCGCAAAUCUUUUAUUAAUUUCAUUAAAUGGCUACUGUAGCAGUUCUUGGAGGCGGUGUGACAGGUUUAUCGUGUGCAUACUAUUUAAAAGCAUUUGGCGGAUCAAAAAUAAAAUAUUUGUGCUUGAUAGAAAGAAAUCCUUUGUUUGGUGGAUGGAUUCAAACAACUCGGUUUCCUGAUGGUGCUAUUUUUGAACAUGGACCAAGAACACUCAGAGUCGGAACAAAAGCUGGUUUUAAUGCCAUACAGUUAGCUGAAGAGCUCGGCCUGUCCAACAGAAUGAUACCGAUAACUCGUCAUCAUCCCGUUGCAAAAACUAAUUUCAUAUUGUCAAAAGGUCAACUCCAUCCGAUUCCCCGCUCUUUGCCAGACAUUUUUAGAAAGACGCCUCUUUUUCCACGUCCAUUAAUGAGUUAUCUUUUCAAGGAGUAUUUCACAAAAAAAUCUAUUUUAGAGGAUGAAUCGGUUUAUGAUUUUGCUUGUAGAAGAAUUGGUAAGGAUGUUGCGGAUUAUGCCUUUGAUCCCAUGUGUCGAGGAAUCUCUGCGGGAGAUGCGAGAGAACUGAGUUUAAGGUCCAUGUUUCCUUCCAUGUAUGAGGCAGAAAAGGAACAUGGAUCUGUCAUCAAAGAUAUCAUGAUUCAUAGCAAAUUGUCUGCAUUUUCAGAAUUUAUGGCAAGUUCUCUUGUUCAACAAGCUGUGAAGGAAACAUGGAGAAUGUGGACUCUCAAAACCGGACUGACUGAGCUCAUCGAUUCUUUGGCGUGCUCCAUUGAAGAAAUUGGAGUUUCUGAUCUUCUUUUCAAUUCAAACUGCUCUCAACUGACGUUUUCUGGUGAUAAAGCCGAGUUACUUGUUGACAAUGAGAAAAUUGUUGUAAAUCAUGUGUUUUCUUGCAUUCCUUCACAAGAAUUAGCAAAACUAGUUUCUCAAUAUCCUGUUAUGACGAAUCAGUUGGAGUCAAUACCGUCUGUUGACGUAGCUGUUGUAUACUUAGAGUAUCAAGGGAAUCUCUUAAAAACACAGGGAUUUGGAUUUUUAGCUCCAUCUUUCGAAGAUUCAAAAGUUUUGGGAAUAGUCUUUGAUUCUUGUUGUUUUCCAGAACUGAAUGGAGAAAAUAAAACAAGAUUGUCUUGUAUGUUAGGAGGCAGAUGGUUUGGAAAGAUUUUUGGGAAUUCAGACAGUGUAAAAGAAGAGGAUAUUUUAAGGGUUGCAAUAGAAGAAGCUGGUAGACUUCUAAAUAUCAAUGAAUCACCAGUUAGACAUAAAGUAGUUCUGCAAAAGCAGUGCAUACCACAAUAUGUUAUUGGACAUCAUAAAAAGUUGGAGGUGGUCGACUCUGAAAUUGCAAAGAAUAAUUUGUGCCUCUCCCUUUUAGGAGCUUCUUAUAAAGGAGCUGGUGUACCUGAUUGCAUUUAUAAUGCAAAACUUGCAGUGCAAAAUUAUUUAAAAUCAUUGUAAAUUUUCUUAGUUUUACUGUGCUGUCUUGUGGCGA